AGAGCGGUAUAUAAGGAGAGUGAGUGUCGUGUUGCUUAACAGUUCAGCCAUGAAAUUACCUGCUGUCCAAGUCAUCUUUUUGGCGCUGCUACUGGUUUCCUCACAGGACGCGCACGCCAGCUGGUUGCCACGACAGGACGCGCAAGGUUCCCAGCUUGGUUUCUUAAAUCCAGUCUUUGAGGCUCUUGCAGGAAGACACGCUAUCAGAUCUAGGACCCGCAGACAUACUUUACAGAAGUCUCCACACAGCUUAUUCUUAAUCGAGGCUCCUAUAGCAGACAGUGGAUCUUACGUUAUGGAGUCCUCAGAGAAAGAGAGAGGAGAAAGGGUUCGAAGAGAGUUCCCGCAGGAUUCCCCACUUAGCUUUCUGAACCCUAUCAUCCAGUUUCCUAGGACCUCCGACGGCCAUCCUCCAGGACUCAUGUUCUUCACAGCUCCUACGAACAAGACAACCCGGAAAUAGGUAAAUGAAGCUGAUCCAGGACUCCUGAAGCCUGUGACACCUACGUCUCAAGCCUAAAUUAUUUGUUUAUGCUAACAUCUUAGUGAGUUACCCGUCCAGCUGGGCAAAACUCAGUCCCAUCAAGCUGUAGAGGCCACAUUAAGCUCAGCUGUUUGGGGUAAUAAAUUAAAUUAAUUUUUAUUUAAUAUUUCCUUAAUAUUUCCUUAUUUUCUUACACUACAGUUAUAGUUUUAUAACUGUAGUGUAAGCGAGUCUCUGGCAAGACAAUGAUGGAGUGAAUGAUGAUGAAAGUUUUUCUUUUUUAGGCCACCCUGCCUUGGUGGGGGAAAUUCGAUGCCUUAAGGAAAAAAAAUUUUUUUUGAGAGAUAUAAAGAUAUAGGUGAGACACAUGUAUUGUACAUUAUGUAUUGUAGUUGAGAGAUAUGUAUUAUGAAUGAGAAAAAUGUAUUAUUGAUAAGACACUUUUUUGUAGCUGAUAAUAUGCACUGCAGGAUGAGAAAUAUAUAUCGUGGUUGUGUUUUCCAGAGCUGACGUCAUCAGGUGUGUUUACACUGCCAGGGCUGACACCAGGUGUGUUUACACUACCAGGGCUGACACCAGGUGUGUUUACACUACCAGGGCUGACACCAGGUGUGUUUACACCACCGGGACAGACAACAUCAGGUGUGUUUACACUACCUGGGCUGACACCAGGUGUGUUUACACCACCGGGACAGACAACAUCAGGUGUGUUUACACUACCAGGGCUGACACCAGGUGUGUUUACACCACCGGGACAGACAACAUCAGGUGUGUUUACACUACCUGGGCUGACACCAGGUGUGUUUACACCACCGGGACAGACAACAUCAGGUGUGUUUACACUACCGGGUGACACCAGGUGUGUUUACAACCACCGGACAGACAACAUCAGGUGUGUUUACACUACCAGGGCUGACACCAGGUGUGUUUACACCACCGGGACAGACAACAUCA